UAUAUUUAUCUUUAAAUCAAGAUGCCUUGUACCGAAUACAGAACUAACCCCAGUGUCAGACUUUGAGGCAGACGACACUUUAUCGUCACCAGACAGUAAAUUUGUUUUAUCGACAGGACAAAUAAUUGUUCGAAAAGUUGGCAACGCUGUCUAUAGGGUACGAUGUAAUACAGGCAAAUGUACUGUCGCUGGACACAACUUCUGCAAAAAGAGAUGUAGGGCGACAGAUAACAAUGUUAGCGGAAGUGCUAAGCUUGGUUAUAUUGGACAUAGUUUCACAUUGUCUGUGUUAGAUGUAGUGAACGUGCCAGCUUUAAAUAUGAAUCUACAAGGACCAAAUGGUCAAGCGUUGUCGAGAACAAGUGAUCCAGUCACUAUUGGAAACAAUGUCAACUUUGGUGCUGAAGUUACACCUGGUGGUACAGGACCGGCCAGUGCAGCUUUCGUAAAUGCAAAAGGUAUAUUCCUCCAUAGUUGCUAUGCAACACAGAAUAAUCAACGACGGAUGUUCAUUGAUGAGAAAGGUUGUUCAGUUGCAGGGUCGCCGUAUAAAACUUCUGAAAACUGUAAAGAUGUUACAGAAGUGGACGGGGUACCACCAUUUAAGAUAGACUGUGGAACAUUUACAGUCCCGGAUACCGGAGAUGUAGAACAGACCUGUAAUAUAAGCAUUUGUACAACGGAAAAUAAUAAAUUCUGCGAAAAUCGGUGCACUGCAGGAGAAAUUCAACCAGAUUCGAAUGUAGUUAACCCAAAUUUGUCAACUACCGCUGCAUUCCGAACUCAAGAUACCACCAGACCAAGAACAGCUGUCAAAUCUGAAGAGUUGCGGAACACCAUCGCCGCCGUGAGCGUCGUUUUAGCAGCUCUCAUUCUGCUUGGUGUAACAGUGGGAACGUGUAUUAUUGUUAACAAGCAGAAAUCCCUAGCUAAACGUAAACUGGAUGGCAGACGAUACAAUUAUUACUAAAUAUAGACCUGUUUGGCUAAAAUCAUGUUUCAUUAUACUCAAUAUGUAUAUUUGAUAAUGUAUGGUUAUAAUUAUAUAACAUCUCACUAGUAAUUUGAAUGAAGAAUGUUGUUGUAUAUUGAUUGUCAUAAAGGAUAAAUGUACAAAAGACUUCUAAGAACAAUAUUUCAGAUACAAUAUUUCAAAAACAAUAAUGUCUUACAAUAUUGUAUUACUUGUUCCUGUAGUUUUGGUCAUUAUACAGACAGGAAUUAAAAAAACAUUUAUUAAAUCAAAAAUUAUUUGAAUAAAUAACACCAAGACCAUAAGAAUUUCCUUAAAGUGUUGUCGAAGUUAUUAUAAGAUAAUUAUUUAAUGCAUUUAUUCAGGAUUGCAAUUCUAUAGCUAGAU